AUGGAAAGUCCUGGAUGCUUGAGGAGGCAGGCUAUGUUGUAUUCUAUACCUCUUCUUCUAGUGGCAAGCCAUUUUCCAGGGCCAUAUCUAUUUGUUCUAUCCAUUCCUUCUUCCUUGAUUGCAUUUCUUGUUCCAGGCACAAAGAGAAGAAUGUAUAUAUCAAACUCUCUGUUUAUUCUUUCUCUAUUAUUUCCAGAGCUAUAUUUCCUGUGCUAUGGCUUCACAAUGGCUGCAAUAUAUGUGUCUGUAAGUAAUCUUUGUAUGGACAGAUUUCGCAGAGAAAACCUGGUAAUAGCAGGGAUGAUGGAAUCCGUAGGAAUGCUCCUGUCGUUGUAUUCUCUGAAGAAUAACGUGGUGUCAAUGUUCCUUGCGGUUUUUCAUUUUCUUAUCAUACAUCGCUUGAUGUCUCCUCCGAUAGAAAGCGAUGACUAUGGACAAGCAUAUAAGAAGAUAGCCUGGCUCCUAAGAGAAGCUUCAUUUACUGACAGAGCUAAUGAAUAUAGAGAGGUUGUGGGAUGCAGGGGGAUAGUGAUUCCUGAAUUCAGAAUCGAUCUUUGGACCCCACUGCUCAUGGGAAGGCUAUCAUGCCUUUCUAAGGCCAUCAUCUGUUGUUCAUCACUGAUCCCCAUCGGAAAGUCACACUGGAUGGGGUUUGUAGUAUACUCACUAUCGUUUUUACCUGUAGAAUGGGCUUGUGCAGGUCUUUCAUUUUUCUGUGACUUUACUCCUGGGCAUCCCUUCUACAGACUAGUUAGUGCACAAGUUUUAUAUUUGAUAACCAGAUGA